ACAUUUAACUGCGGUUGUUCCAUGGAAGUAAAUAACAGCGAUGGCGACGGCGGCUCAACGGAAACCCCGGUUACGAAUGGCAUGACCACCGUAUCUCAUCACUAUUUCGGAGAUUCAAAUGGCUUUGACGAUGCCGUCUCCAUCAAAAUCAUCGAGAGCAUGAAAGAAGAAUACGGCUUGUUCGUGUGGCCGUGUAGUGUUAUCCUGGCGGAGUAUGUUUGGCAACAAAGAUCUCGCUUCACUGGGAUUAGCGUGGUUGAGCUUGGGGCUGGAACAUCGCUUCCUGGCUUGGUUGCAGCAAAAGUAGGUGCGGAUGUUAUUCUUACCGAAGACUCGAACAGACUAGAGGUCCUGGAUAACAUGAGAAGGGUGUGUGAGCUAAAUAAUGUCAAGUGUGAGGUAAUGGGGCUUACCUGGGGUGUAUGGGAUGAAUCUAUAUUUAGUUUACAACCAAAAGUAAUCCUUGGAGCUGAUGUCUUGUAUGAUUCAAGUGCCUUUGACAAUCUCUUUGCGACUGUGAAAUUCCUUCUUGAGAAUUCACCUGGAUCAGUUUUUAUAACAAGCUAUCACAAUAGAAGUGGGCAUCACCUUAUUGAGUUCUUAAUGGUGAAAUGGCGAUUGAAGUGUGUGAAGCUUCUGGAUGGAUUUUCCUUCCUGCCAUCAUGGAAGGCUUCCGGUUUAAGUGGCAACAUUCAAUUGGUAGAAAUUGGUCUAAGUGAUAUGGGGAAGAAUGAACAAGCUUUCUGAAGUCUGAGGUUAGAAGGAGAAUAUUUUUGAAAUAGAGGUGCUCUUCGCUCGCCACUUGGAAGUGCAUACACAUCUUCGGGAAUCGAGCAAAGCUUUGUCUGAAGAAAAUAAAGCCUUUUGCUGGAAGAUGAGUUUGUAGUAUGUAUUAUCAAAACUAGCAGAAGAAGGAUCCAUUGCAACUCCUGCAUUCUUUGCAUUUUUGGCUGGGCAAACGCUCCUUAAAGUUGCAGCAAAUGAAGGGUGGAUUGAAGGGUCGAUAUCGGUCGUGGAGUUGAAGUUGUGGAUUCUGUUUUUGAACGAGGAGCAAUGAGAGAAUCCAAGAGUAUGCCCACCUACAUACA